CUGGUGUUCACAGUCGACUACUCCUAAGUAGAUAUGAUCGGGUGCAACCACAUGUCAAACACCAAACAGCAGUCGGCGCUAGCCUCACCCAAGGUCCACUGCCUCGGCUAUUCCAUCCACACCCGUCGAUAUGCGGAUUACUAUAUCAUCCAACUCAUCUCUAUGCAUCAUCCUUUGAAUUCCAGAUCUUGUUGAUGAGAAUAUCAGAGUAAAUUCAGGCCACGGUACGGUGCUUGCUGCGGGGUAAAUGACUGAAAGUACCAACCUCAAGAAGAGCUAUCUUGUGACUACAAACCACUGAUCCAAAAUGUCCACCAUCACCAUCCCGACGUCCUACGAGACUCAACCCACAAAACACAUCAAACUAUCCCACCAUCCAGCAGAAACCUCAACCGCAACCCCGGUCAUCAUCGUCGCCCUGAACCGACCCGAAAAACGCAAUGCGUUCACAGGAGUUAUGGCCACCGAGCUGGAGUGGGCGUUCACCACCCUCGACCGCGACGAGCGCGUCAAAGUCAUCAUCCUGACCGGCGCGGGCGACACCUUUUGCGCAGGCGCGGACCUGGAGAUCGGAUUCCCCAAUAACAAGCAGGAAAGACCCAUUGACCAUCGCGAUAGUGGCGGCAAGGUCGCCCUUGCCAUCCACCGAUGCCGCAAAACCACGAUCGCCGCCAUGCAAGGCUCCGCCGUUGGAGUCGGCAUGACCAUGACUCUCCCCGCCACGAUCAGACUAGCCCACCAAGGAAGCAAGUACGGCUUCGUCUUCGCCCGCCGCGGAAUCACCAUGGAAUCCUGCUCGGCGUAUUUCCUGCCCCGCCUGAUCGGAUACUCGCGCGCCAUGUAUCUCGUGUCCACGGGGACCGUGUUCGACCCCACCGCUGCGCAUUUCAACGGGCUCUUCGCCGAGACGCUCCCGCAGCGGGAGGAGGUGCUCGCGCGGGCAUUGGAACUGGCGGACGAUAUCGCGCAGAAUGUGAGCCCGAUGGCUGCGGCCUUGAAUCGCGCCCUGAUGUGGCGGGGGCCGGAGUCGGCUGAGGAGGCGCAUCUGUUGGAUUCGAGCAUCUUGGCUCACAUGUUUGGGUCUGAAGACCAGAGGGAGGGGGUUCGAGCCUUCCUUGAGAGAAGGAAGGCCAAUUUCCGUGCCACCUUGGAGGAACAUGGCCCGGAUAAUUAUCCAUGGUGGGCUGAGGUGCAGAUUGAGCGUAAGCCAAGUGUGGUCGAAGGAUCCAAACUGUAGGUCGCUUGUAUAGGAGAAGGACGGACCAGCACUGUACUCAAACAAAGGUAGAAGAAUAACAAGGCAGACUAUAAAUUCGAGAAGGGAAAAGAGAAAAAAUCCAUUUGAAUCGCUCAGCAGGUACUCAGUACUUAUACAAUCAAUCAACAGACUCAGGAGUCUGCAGGGAGGACGAAACCAAAUAAAAAAAUGCCUAGUAUGAAGGGUCCAUGC